UCGAACGGAUUUGACAUCGAUUGUUUAAGCCUGGCUACAAUGUUUUCGUUUCCAAAAACGGACGCGAUGAUGCGCUGUCAGAUGUACAUUACAACUUUAUUAUUGUCUUAAAUUAAGACAGCAAGUUUUUUUUUUGUACGGCCAUAUUGGUUAUUAGUAAUCAAUUGAAGUUGCUUCAGAUUAUAAGCUGUUGCGAAAAGCAAAAGCUCCAGUAGAUCCAGUGCAGGGUCUUUGCUAUAGGCCCUGCAAUUCAUCUCCCACCGCCGGACAAAUUUGCAAUUUUCUUUUUAUAUGCCUUUCUGCCUAUUCACUACGGUUUCAUAACACUUCGUCGAUCAUUGAAGAUGGACACUGACAAGUUUAACUAUGUGUACAGUUGCGAUUUGGACAUAAACGUUCAACUGAAAAUAGGCAGUCUGGAGGGAAAGCGAGAGCAGAAGAGCUACAAAGCUCUGCUUGAAGACCCCAUGCUGCGAUUCUCAGGACUCUAUCAGGAGAGCUGCUCUGAUCUGUACGUCACCUGUCAGGUGUUUGCUGAGGGAAAACCACUUGCCCUGCCUGUACGAACCUCUUAUAAGGCCUUCAGCACUCGCUGGAACUGGAAUGAAUGGCUCCGGCUGCCCGUGAAGUAUCCUGACCUGCCUCAGAGUGCCCAGGUGACUCUGACCGUGUGGGACGUGUAUGGACCUGGCCGCGCCACACCUGUUGGGGGCACUACAGUCACCUUGUUUGGAAAAUAUGGAAUGUUCCGGCAGGGCAUGCAUGAUCUGAAGGUGUGGCCGGGUGUGGAGGGAGAUGGAACUGAGCCCACCAGUACACCAGGACGGACCAGCAGCUCUCUGGCAGAAGACCAGAUGGGCCGCCUGGCCAAGGGCCCAGACCUGGAGAUACUUAGUGACCUAACAAAAGCUCACCGUCAGGGACACAUGGUUAAAGUGGACUGGCUGGAUCGCUUGACCUUCCGAGAGAUUGAGAUGAUCAAUGAGAGUGAGAAGCGUAGCUCUAAUUUUAUGUACCUUAUGGUUGAAUUCCCUCGUGUCAAAAGUGGUGAACGUGAAUACAGCAUUGUCUAUUACGAAAAGGAUGCAGAUGAAUCCUCUCCUUUGCCGACCAGUUCAGAUAUUGUGAAAGUGCCUGACCCCCAGAUGUGCAUGGAAAAUCUAGUGGAGAGUAAGCAUCAUAAACUGGCCCGUAGUUUGCGCAGUGGACCUUCUGACCACGAUCUCAAACCUAACGCAGCCACACGCGAUCAACUUAAUAUCAUAGUGAGCUACCCACCUACAAAACAGCUGAGCUCUGAGGAACAGGACCUUGUGUGGAAGUUUAGAUACUACCUCACCACACAGGAGAAGGCUCUCACUAAGUUCCUGAAGUGUGUGAACUGGGAUCUGCCUCAGGAGGCCAAACAGGCGCUGGAGCUACUGGGAAAGUGGCGUCCGAUGGAUGUGGAGGAUUCACUGGAGCUGCUGUCGUCGCAGUUCACCAACCCCACCGUCAGACGCUAUGCCGUCGCCAGGCUACAGCAGGCCGAUGAUGAGGAUCUGCUGAUGUACUUGCUCCAGUUGGUGCAGGCAUUGAAAUAUGAGAAUUUCAACGAUAUCCAGGGUGGUUUGGAGCCUGCCAAUAAAAGAGACAAUCAGGGGGGUUUGACCGAGAGCUCGACAACAGGAGAUCUGGACAGUUCUCAGUUGGCAUCAGCUAUUGCAGUGAUGCCCAGCUCACAAAAAGGCAAAGAGGGAACAGAUGGUGAAAAUCUAGAGCAAGAUCUGUGCACCUUCCUUAUAUCACGUGCCUGCAAAAACUCUACACUGGCAAACUAUUUAUACUGGUAUGUGAUAGUGGAGUGUGAGGAUCAGGACACGCAGCAGAGAGACCCAAAAACCCAUGACAUGUACCUCAAUGUGAUGAGGCGCUUCAGUCAGGCUCUUCUUAAGGGUGAUAAGAGUGUGCGAGUGAUGCGUUCACUUCUGGCCUCCCAGCAGACGUUUGUAGAUAGACUGGUGCAGCUCAUGAAAGCUGUUCAAAGAGAGAGCGGAAACCGCAAGAAAAAGACGGAGCGCUUACAGAGCCUGUUGGCUGAUAAUGAGAAGGUGAAUCUGUCAGAGAUUGAGCCCAUUCCUCUCCCUCUGGAGCCACAGAUCCGCAUCAAAGGCAUCAUUCCUGAGACCGCAACGCUCUUCAAGAGUGCUCUGAUGCCAGCAAAGCUCAUCUUUAAGACUGAAGAUGGAGAGCAAUAUCCUGUCAUCUUCAAACAUGGGGAUGACCUGCGGCAGGACCAGCUCAUCCUGCAGAUUAUCUCACUCAUGGACAAGUUGCUGAGGAAAGAGAAUUUGGACCUGAAGUUGACCCCAUACAAAGUUUUGGCGACCAGCACCAAACACGGUUUUAUGCAGUUUGUGCAGUCAGUGCCUGUGGCUGAGGUUUUAGCGACUGAAGGAAACAUUCAGAGUUUCUUCAGAAAGUACGCACCCAAUGAUAAAGGACCGUAUGGCAUCAGCUCUGAGGUCAUGGACACGUAUGUUAAAAGCUGUGCGGGUUAUUGUGUGAUCACCUAUAUCCUCGGGGUCGGAGACCGACAUCUAGACAACCUGCUUCUCACCAAGACUGGGAAGCUGUUUCAUAUAGAUUUUGGGUAUAUUUUGGGUCGUGACCCUAAACCCCUGCCGCCCCCUAUGAAGCUGAGCAAGGAAAUGGUGGAGGGGAUGGGGGGCAUGCAGAGCGAGCAAUACCAGGAAUUCAGGAAACAGUGCUACACCGCCUUCCUGCACCUACGCAGAUACUCCAAUCUCAUUUUGAAUCUGUUCUCUCUGAUGGUGGAUGCUAAUAUUCCAGACAUUGCGCUGGAGCCUGACAAAACCGUAAAAAAGGUUCAGGACAAGUUUCGAUUGGACCUCUCGGAUGAGGAGGCGGUGCAUUACAUGCAGAGUCUGAUUGAUGAGAGCGUUGGAGCAUUGUUUGCUGCUGUGGUUGAACAGAUACACAAGUUUGCACAGUAUUGGCGCAGAUGAGCAGAUGUCAUGAAGACUAAUUGACAUCAUCGGUGAGCACCAGAUGGAUGAACUGCACCUCAGAGACGGGCAGGAGACAAGGAUGUGCCAAGGCCACACUAGUGAUAUCAUCACUCAUUCAUGCACUCGGUCUUCACUCCACUGAAUAUCUUUGUAAAUAUAUUAUAAAAAUGUAAUAAAAUGAUCUGUAUAA